AUGGAAAAACUGGCUUUCGCCUUAGUUAUAGCAUUCAAGAAGCUCCGACCCUACUUCCAAGCUCAUACUAUCAGGGUAUUGACUGAAUACCUUCUGAAGAAAGUACUAAGAAAGCUAGAUCUGUCGGGAAGAUUAGCUAACUGGGCUAUUGAACUGGGACAAUUCGACAUCGAGUUUCUCCCUCGGAAUUCUCUCAAGGGCCAGGCACUGGCUGAUUUUCUGGCAAAAUUCACUAAUUUGCCAGACAUCACUAGCUGGCCAAGUGAUGAGACCUGGGUAAUUUACGUAGAUGGGUCGUCUACAAAGAAGCAUGGUAGAGCUGGGAUAGUAAUGAUUACUCCCGAUGGGGAAGAAUUAUGUAGUUCAUUGAAGUUGAAGUUCAAGACCACAAAUAACAAGGCCGAAUACGAGGCAGUCUUGGCAAGACUCGGUUUAGCUCUUGAAAUGGGAGCCAAAUUUGUGGAAAUACGGAGUGACUCCCAAGUCGUUGUAGGGCACAUCCGAGGGGAAUUUGAAGCCAAGGGAGAUAAGAUGAAAUUAUACUUAUCUAAGGUGCAGGAUUUGCAAGCUUUAUUUAAGAAGAUUAGCAUUGUGAAAAUUCCGAGACCAGAGAAUGAGAGAGCAGACGAGUUGGCCCGAAUAGCCUCAACAGCCAGUGAAGAGAUUGAAGCCGAGACUCCUAUCCAAAUUCUUCCACAAUCAUCAGUUACCGAGACGGUGUCGGUCUCGACAGCCGAGGCCAUACCUAAUUGGCAACUAGAAAUCGUGGAAUACCUGAAAAAAAGCGUACUUCCCUCAGAUAAAAAGCUUGCUACCCGGUUGAAGAGGGGUUUCAUGUUGCCACUCUUAAAGUGCGUUUCAAAAGAGGAAGGAGAUUAUAUCCUUAAAGAAAUCCAUGAAGGGAUUUGUGGAAGCCAUUCUAGAGCCAGAAUACUGGCACAUAAAGCAGUCCGAGCGGGUUUUUAUUGGCCCAACAUGAGUCGAGACUCGGCGAAUAUAGUCAAGAAUUGUGACAAGUGCCAGCGAUUCGCUAAUAUCACUCAUCAACCUCCUGAAGACCUGAGUGCAAUAUCUUCACCUUGGCCCUUCUCCCAAUGGGGGGUAGAUAUAGUAGGAGUAUUGCCUCGGAGCAUAGGAGGUGUACGGUUCGCGGUUGUUGCUGUAGACUAUUUCACCAAGUGGACAGAGGUUGAAGCCUUGGUAAAUAUCACAGCUAAGGCAAUAGAGCAAUUUUUAUGGAAGAAUAUCGUAUGUCGGUAUGGCAUUCCCCAUGCUUUUAUCACAGAUAAUGGCAAGCAGUUUGACUGCGACUCAUUCCGAGCCUGGUGUGCCCAGCUACGAAUAAGAAACUAUUACUCGUCCCCAGGGCACCCUCAGGCAAAUGGGCAGGUAGAGGCUACGAACAAAACAAUUUUUAAGAUCUUGAAAAAGAAGCUGGAUGAUCGGAAAGGGAACUGGGCAGAAGACCUUCCAGAAGUAUUAUGGGCAUACCGAACAACCAAGAGAGUUCCAACCGAAGAGACACCAUAUGCCUUAGCAUUCGAAACUGAGGCACUCAUUCCAGCCGAGGUAGGCUCAGGCAGCUAUCGCGUAGAGACCUUCCAAUCCGAGACAAAUAACGAGGGUUUACAACUGCACUUGAACUUGCUACAAGAGAAGCAGGAUCAAGCCCAGGUGGCUAUGGCAUCAUAUUAG